UAAUUGGCUGAUCAGGAGCAAAAAUUUCUUUGUGGUUGGUCAAUUAAAUGCUACUCUACCCUACGGAUAGAAUUUUUGAACGCACUCUGAAUGUCAUGUGUGUUGAAUAGGAUUGCAUGAUUGCAUAUGCGUAAAUGUAACCUUAUAUCAAAAUCGUGAUUCUGCGUCUCAUAACAAACAGAAAUCUAAUAAACAAUUAUAAGAAAAAGGAAUCUUAUAUAAUUAUAUCAUUAUAAAAUUAUAUUAUGUAUAAUUAUAUUAUCACAAUUAUAUAAUUAUAUAUCAUCUUAUUGGAUUAUCAUAUUCUUCUAUAAGGAGUAAAAUAUAAAUUAAUAUAUAUUAAAUAAAUAUAUAUUAAUAAUACGAUACAAUGACGACACGAGAGAUAUUGACUAUUCAAUUGGGUCAUUAUUCCAAUUUUAUCGGCACGCAUUGGUGGAAUUUGCAGGAGUCUAACUUCACGUACGAUCCGAAACAUCCAUCUGAAAUAAAUCAUGAUGUUUUGUACAGGGAAAGUGAAAAUCUGCAAAGACAAGUUACAUUUACACCGAGACUAUUAAUAGCAGAUUUAAAAGGAACAUUAGGUUAUCUGAAUGAGCAAGGUUCUUCACAUGAUACAGCACCUCCAGAUAAUGAGCUACUAUGGGAUGAUGCAAAAUUAGAAGUUAUUAGUGCUGAACCUAAUCCUAAAACACCUUUUAUUGAAAAUUUAAAUGAAUCCAAUAAAACUGUGGAUUUGGAAAGUUUCAAUUUUGAAAAUGACGUGAAAUCAUGGGUCGAUUAUAUUUUACCAUUAUUCCAUCCAAGGACAGUGACAGUUAUCAAAGAGUAUUUACACAAUUGUACACAACAACCAUUUGAUAUAUUCACAUAUGGUCACGAUUUGUGGAACACAGGACAAUUCUCUGAUGAUUUUUCAGACAGAAUACGAUUAUAUGUGGAAGAAUGUGAUUUGAUGCAAGGAUUUCAGGUACUUGUGGAUUCUACUGAUGGUUUCGCUGGUCUUGGAGCAUCUUGCAUUCAGCAUCUACGUGAUGAAUAUGGGAAGAGUAUUUUGACAUUUCCGUGUUUAGAUUUUAACAACGCCGAACCCAGUGCAUCAGAUUUAAUUAAAAUUGUAAAUACGGCACUGUGCUGGCAACACAUUGGAGAGUAUUCGUCGCUUUACAGUCCACUUUCUUGUGGGCAAGUCGGGUGGCCAUUCGCGGCUGAUUCGCGUAAAUUCCCAAACAUAACAUAUAGCCCAGAACUAAAGUAUCACAGCAGUGCAAUAUUAGCGACUGCUUUGGAUACAUUGACUUUAAGAUAUAGAACUAAGAGGUAUCCAAAUGCCACUUUAUCUGAUUUAUGCGCUGAUCUGAACAAAUUAGGUCGUAAAGCAGCGGCGGUUAGUUUAACUCUGCCAUUUCCUAUGAAAGUAAAGAUGGAUUUAAUAGAUAUAUUGGAUGAAUUUGAGGGACCUCUAUGGACCAGUCUGACACCGAGCUGUGACAUAUCAAUGGAUAACAAUCUGCAAAGUAUAGCGUUGCGCGGAAUUUCAGAAGACAGAAUAAAGCGACCUAUUAACGAAGCUAGCAAACAGAUAUCAAAACCAGCAUACAAAUGCUCCAGUGUACACGAAAUGAUGACAUUCUAUUUGGCAUGCACCUGUCACGCAUCAGCCACAUAUUUAUCCAAUAUUGAGGCACCGUUAAAAAUUUCUUCACCUUAUCCAAAAAUAUUCAGUAAUAAUGUAACCGAGAAUGGUAACGUCGCCGAAAGGCCCGUAGAAACAGAUGUAAACUCGGUUGCGGUGAUGGCUGGAAUACAUAGUGGCAAUAGCAUCGCGGCAAUGUAUGAAUCUCUGCUUAAACAAACCAAAAGGAUAAAAAGUAUCAAGAAAUUUCAUGCCUUUACGAAUUCCGGGCUGGAGGAAGACGAAUUCACGGAAUGUAUUAAUAAUUUAGCUGAUUGUAAAGAGGCGUAUGAAGAUCGUUAUAUUUAAAAGAAAACUAAGUUAUUGUAUAAAUAAAAUAUGUUCAACAAUAUA